AUGUCUGAAGACGAAGUAGAAAGCUUUGAAAUUACUGAUUAUGACUUGGAUAAUGAAUUUAACAUAGCUCGUCCUCGACGUAAACUUUCGAAGAAACAACAAAUGCUAGGAAUAUGGGCAGAUGACAGCGAUGAGGAUGAAUUAUCUGCCAGACCAUCUUUAAAACUUUUAAUUAAGAGUUCUAAGAAUUAUACAGCACCAGUUAAUUUUGUUGCUGGUGGUAUUCAACAAGCAGGAAAACCAAAAGAAGAUAAAGAUGAAGAAGAUGAGGAAGAAAUUGGAGAAUCUCAAACAAAGUAUAGCUCCAGUUCCGAAGAUGAGAAGCCAAAUAAUUCAAAAUCAUAUUCAUCCUUUUCUUUAAAUUUGAAUAGUGAUAUUGCUGGUUUACGUAAAAAGCGCAAUCAAGUAAAUCCAUUAUUGAUGAAAAGUGGAAUGGGUAGUUGGGAAGUACAUACAAAGGGUAUUGGUGCUAAAUUACUGCUGCAGAUGGGAUUUGAACCUGGUAAAGGUUUGGGUAAACAAUUGCAAGGAAUUAGUGCACCAGUAGAAGCACAUCUUAGAAAAGGGAGAGGUGCGAUUGGUGCAUAUGGUCCAGAAAAAACACCAAAAAUUCUCGACAAAAAGAAAGACGACGAUGGGGAAGAAACAAAAGAAUCCAAGUCUAAAGUAUCUCAAUGGCGGAAGGGUGAUAACAGUAGUAAGAAAAAAGUCAGAUACUGUUAUAGAAGUAUAGAUCAAGUUUUGGAAGAUGGGAAACUGAAGCCUAAUAGAAAACUUCCAGUAUCUAGUGAUAUGAGCAGGGUUAAAGUUAUUGAUAUGACAGGGCCAGAGCAAAGAAUUCUUAGUGGAUAUCAUGCAAUAGCUGGCGGUCAGCAAUGUCCCGAUGAGACCAUUGUUACAUCUGAUAAGAAAUCUAAAGUGAAUUUUGCCCUGCCUGAAUUGCAGCACAAUUUAAAUUUACUCGUAGAUAUGUGUGAGCAAGACAUUAUUCAAAAUGAUCGGCGAAUGAGACAUUUAAAUGAUCGAGUAAUUUCUUUAGAAGCAGAAAAAAAGAAUUUGUCUAAAGUUGUGGAUCAACACAGCCAAUUGAUUGGUACCUUGGAAAAUGUGCUCAUAAUCGUGGAUAAACUGAUGAGUGAAACGAACGAGUUAUCGCUGCAAGAAACCGCAGAAGCUUUCAAAAAUUUGCAAGACAAUUAUUAUGAAGAAUACAAGCUGUACGAACUUGGUGAAUUGGCCGGUAGUUUUGUGGCACCGAAAAUAAAAGAUUGCUUGGUCAAUUGGAAUCCUUUAAUGCAACCAAAACAGCCAAUUAAAUUAUUUGAACAGUGGAAGGAUAUUUUGGAAAAUGGAACUAAUGCAACACUUCAAACACGAACUAUGCAAUUGUAUGAUCAAUUGAUAUGGAAUGCAUGGAUGCCCUCAAUUAGAGGAGCUAUACAGCAAUGGACAUGUAGACAGCCUGAACCUUUAAUUGAAUUACUAGAAUAUUGGAUGCCAUUAUUACCCAAUUGGAUUCUAGAAAAUAUAUUGGAUUUAUUAGUAUUGCCAAAGUUAACAUUAGAAGUGGAGGAAUGGAAUCCUCUAACCGAUACUGUACCUAUCCAUACAUGGAUUCAUCCUUGGUUGCCAUUAUUACGGAAUCGUUUAGAUACUUUAAUCUAUCCAAUAAUACGUAGAAAACUCGGAUCUGCAUUAGGAGGUUGGCAUCCAUCAGAUAGAUCCGCUAGACUGAUGCUGCAACCUUGGGCAGAUGUAUUUAGCAAGGGAGAUAUGGAAGCAUUUUUAGUUAAGAACAUUAUUCCAAAAUUGCAAAUAGCUUUAUCCGAAUUUGUUAUAAAUCCACAUCAACAACAUUUAGAUCAGUGGAAUUGGGUAUAUGAGUGGAAGGAAUUAAUUCCUGUUCAUAUUAUGGCAGGAUUGCUUGACAAGUUCUUUUUUCCAAAGUGGUUACAAGUCUUGGCACUCUGGCUUAAUCAUUCACCUAAUUACGAUCAAGUUACAACUUGGUAUAUGGGUUGGAAAGGAAUGUUAAGCGACAAAUUACUAUCGGAACCAGUAAUAAAGGAACAUUUCAAGAAGGCAUUGGACAUGAUGAAUAGAGCCGUUAGUGGGCCACAAAAUCAUCAACCUGGCGCACUAGAACAAGUUUCAUAUUUAACAAGUUUAGAGAGAACUCAGCCAACGAUAUCACAAAUAACACCGAUUGUGCAGCCGAGAAUGGAGAGACUUGCAGAGGCAGUACGAACAGCCUCCCAAAUUCCGCAGGGUUUCAAAGAUUUCGUACAAAAGAAAUGUGAGGAGAGAGGUAUAUUAUUUAUGCCGAUCCCGAAUAGAUAUAAGGAGGCUAAACAAGUGUAUAAAGUGGGUAACGUUCAGGCAUAUAUCGACAGUAAUGUCUUAUUUGUAUGCCAUAAUGGUACAAAUUGGAUGCCAACGCAUAUAAAUGCCUUGCUGGAUAUGUCUGAACUUUAAUAAUAUUUGUCUUAAUAAUAUUAAUAAUAAGUAUAUAUUAUAUUACUGUUGUAAAUAUAUAAUAAGAUAUUUCUUCGAAAUUGGAAGAGUUGAUUAUUUUAUCAGUUUACAUUGUAUUUAUUUAUGUCUAAAUAAACUUGAUGUCUCUUUUGUAUUGAUACUGUAAAAUAAACCGAUAUAUUUUGGCACAUGU